AUGCUCAUCUAUUACCACCCCGUGGCCAAUUCCCAACAACUCUCGCAACCCGUCACAUCCAUUUUACCCGCCUCCGUUGUCGCCCGUGUCGUCGACAGCACCCGGGAAGCCAAUGACGCCAUCUACGACCAUUUUGGCAGCUACGACAAGAUGACUGAAGACAUCAACAUCCCUCACACCGAGAUGGAAGCGUCUUUGCUAGAGUUGGAUGCUUUUGUGACCAAGGUGGGAAGGCUUUCGCUUCAACAAGAUGUAACGGCCUAUCUUUGCAAGCGCGCUCUCGCGUUAAGCGAAUUCCUCUCUUCCUUCGUGUCUUUCCCAACGGACCAGACGGACAACCUUUUGAGUGUCUUCAGAACAUGCGGUGCCGCCUACCACAAAUCUAUCCUCCAAGCACAUUCUUUCAGAGCAGAAAUGCAGCAGCUCCGGAGCGGGGUAAAGGCAAAGUUGGAGAAGUUGGUAGAAGAUAAUGAGAAGGAGAUAAAGGCGAAUAAGGGGAGGUAUGUGGCGGAGAAUAGGGUGCUGAAGAUGGAGGCGCAGAAGUUGAGGUCGCAAGUGAUCAAUCUGGAGAAGGAGCUGAGGAAGGCGAAAAAGACAUACAAGUAG